CUUAUCUUCAUGAGCGAGGAUGCUAGUCCAGAGGUCACCUCAACCUCCAAGGUCGAAACCACAGCGGACCGCAACUGAAAAUGCACUCAAUUCGACGAUCGCAAAUGGAUCUCCAGCGACGCCAUCGACGCCGUCGGAUGCAAAUGUGGAGGUCGGCGGCGGCAAACGUGGAGGCGGCAACGAGGUGAAUGAUUUUGUUGUCGAAGGAGCUGAAGGAGACUGCACCGCAUUUCAUUAAAAUUUGAAUUUGAUUUGGAAUUGAAGCUGGGUUCUGCUGGUUUCUAUUUACCCUGUAGUUUUUCUUAUGCUGUGAAACAGCGCGAGGAGGAAAUUGAGUACCUCCCUUCUUGAUAUGCUCAGCAGUAAAUAAUGUGAUUUAUAGAUUUAGAUCAUAGAUCAAGAUUAUUUAUUUUCUUGAUGAUCACGCUACAGCUAUAGCUUUUGGCAUAAAUAUUCAAGUAUGCUUAUCAAUGACAUAAAGAAGGACUUCUACCAGCAGCUGUUAGAUCAAAGAAUACUUCUGCUCGUGCACUGUGAUGUAGAUGCAAUCUGCACUUCAGCAAUUCUUCAAGAGCUCUUCCGUGGAGACCAUGUGCUGUAUACCCUCAUACCUAUAAAGGGCCCAGAUGACCUGCGCCAGUCCUUUAAGGACAAUGUGGGCCUGGUGCGACUGGUGGUCCUCAUCAACUGUGGUAUCUCCAUGGACCUGGUGGCUGAGCUGGAUCCUCCCGAUGACGUCAUCAUAUUCGUCAUCGACUCCCAGCGGCCAAUGGACGUCAACAACGUCUACAACGACGGACAGGUCCGGAUCGUGACUCCGGUGACCGCCGAGGACGGCGUUCCUCCGUUCUCCGAUCUGUACCGCUCGGACGAUUCCGACUCGGACUCGGACGCCGGCGAGUCGGAGUCGGGCGGCGAGAAGCGGCGCCGCUACGACGCGGCGUUCCUGGCGCGCCGGCAGGAUCGGCGCCGCUGGGAGGAGCGCCGAGACCGCCUCCUGGCCGAGUACUCGCAGUUCUCGAUGUACGGCGACUGCAGCGCCCUGCUCGCCUACGACCUGGCGCUGCGCAUGAGCCGGGACACGUCUCAGCUGCUGUGGUACGGCCUGGUAGGCCUGACGGAGCAGCUGCUGCUGCGCAAGGUGGAGCACCAGCGGUACGUGCUGUCGGCCGGCCACUACCAGGGCCAGGUGGCGCGCUACGGCCAUCAGCGCGACGAGACCACGUCGGCAGACUGUCUGCGACUGGCCUUCGAGCAGGACCUGAACCUGGUGCUCUACCGGCACUGGAGUCUGUUCGACAGUCUGCGCUUCACUCCGCUGGUCGCCUGCCAGUUCAAGCUGUUCACCUUCAAAGGCGAGAAGCGACUGCAGGAGUUUCUGGCCGAGCUCGGCCUGCCACUGGUGCAGUGCCGGCAGAAGUUUGCCUCCAUGGACAUGGCACUUCGCGGACAGGUGCGGGACCUGAUCCAGGCCAAGGCCGAGAAGUACUUGCUGGACGGGGUGCUGUACGGCGCGUUCCAGGCUCGACUGGGCUUCCGACAGCCGUUGGCGGCCGCUGACGUGGUGCACGCCAUGGUGGCUCUGCUGGAGAACCCUGACCCGCACCGGUCGGCCGACGACUGCUUCAUGGACGCGCUGUCCGCCCUGGACCGGCGCCAGGAGCCGCUGCUGCGCCGCGGGAUCGGCCUCGCCGAGAAGCUCGCCCAGGUGACGUGCGCCACCGUGCAGAGCCUGCUGGAUAUGCACCAGGUGAUCUCCGUGGGCGCCUUCCUGUACGCCACCGUCUCGGACGGCGAGCCCAACUCGCACUUCUUCGCGCGGCCGCACUGUCUCACAGCGCUGGCACACUUUGUGCUGCGCGCGCACGUGGCUGGGGAGAGGUCGAAGCGCUCCCGCCAGCUGCCUCUGAUCCUGACCACGCCGCUGGGCCGCGACGGUGGCGCCUGCCUGGUGGUCGGUGUGCCGCCCCUCUCAGAACAGUCGCCGAGAAACCUGUUCGGCAAGGCGUUUGAGAAGGCGGCUCAGCGGAUCAGGGCGAAUAUAACGCCCAGGAGCUUCGACGGCUCGGUGGUGGAGGUUCAGGUGGACGAUCGCACGCGCUUUGUGGACGCUCUCGUCUCGCUGCUCGCCUGAGGAGAGUCGCUCAGGUACGUCGCUGCGUGCCGCGGUGCGUUGUAGAGGCGUCAGACUAGACGGGGAGCUAUUCCGUCUUGUGGUUUUGAGCCCGGUAAAUCGGUGUGGAGGAUCAUCAACCACGAGAAAUGGACGGUGGAACUGGGCAUGGUACAAACUUUGCUGGAGAUUGUAAAGUGUUCCUGUGUAUGCCUCAAGUGCUGCUAUUCGAGAAUGCUGCUCAAGUGUGCGGAAAACCGUGCCCCGGGAUAAAUGAAAGCAAGGCGCAACUGAAGUCCGUUUGAUUUAUAUUAAUCCUGGUAUAGUACUGAGUGUGCGCUCUGCUGUUACCCAAAUUUGUCAGCACGGGGUUUUUAGGUUUUCCUCCUCUAAAUCUCCUUUCAAUCUCACUUGCUGGGUCGCUAUACUUUGUGCUUUGUACAAUUACGCCUGUUUUUUCUUCUUUCGGCGAAUGUCAAUGAUCGAUAUUCGUACUUUUAUGAUACACCGGCAUCCUCUCGACACCUCAGUUUUGUGACAUGUCUUAGGAAAUUUUGUGGACGUGCGUGAUAGUUAGGCUUCUGGAUGGCGUGCGUUGUUCUCGUGGCGACUGAGUAGGUAAUGCGUGGGUGUGUUUGCGUGUGUGAUCUAAAAGAGCAUGUAUGUAGUGUGUUGAUUGUCGACGUCAGCGACGAAAACUAGACGAGGCGUGCCUGAUGCUCUUUAGCAAUGUGUUUUCUGCGCCCUGCGUUACAUCUUAGGCGACUUCGAGGGACAUUGUAUUGUAUUAAUAAAAGCAAAUGCAAAGUCAUUCGCUGUGAAGUUGUCAAACUAUGUCACGGAUUGCAAACAUUUAUUAGGAUGACUUGAGUUAAUUUUCUGGGUUUCCUUGUGAAUCGAGUUCAUAAUUGCGUUCAAACUCAUGCCUCUUAUGGAUUCUUGGUACACAUUUAAUUAUUUCCUCAUAUGGGGGACAAAACGAUCUUUGUAACAUGUAGCUUACAUGAGUCCGUGACCAUGCCAGUGUUAUUCAGUGUUGCUGGCUGUCCAAUCCAGGAAUGCUUUGAUAACGCUUACAGUGACACACAUGGGUCGUUACUGGUGAACCUGGCAAGCGAGUCGCGUCUGUCUGGGCCUGGGAAUGCCACUCAAAAAUCAGUUGUUACAUGUGCCUCAGCGGCCCGUUGAACUGACUGUGUAUUUAUUCGUUUGCACGACCCGUUAAGGCGCUAUCAUUUGCUCCCUCCAGGCCUGGUCGGGAUGCCGGAAACGGUGCGUUCCUGGGGAAGCGUCUGCGCCGCGCCGGCGGAACCGGGACGUCCGCUCCGGCCGGGUCGGCGGCGCCUUUAUUGUGCGGCGGCUCUGAGGGCGGCGCCAGCAUGGCUCCGGCCGUGGAGGGGUUCUGGGGCAGCCCGACCUCCACCCUAGACUGGUGCGAGGCCAACUAUGCCGUCAGCGACUACAUCGCCGAGUUCUGGAACACCAUCAGCAACUUGGCCAUGAUCCUGCCGCCCAUCUACGGCAUCUACGAGGUGUUGAGGCAGAAGUUCGAGCUUCGCUUCGCCAUCUGCUUUGUUCUUCUACUAGUGGUGGGACUCGGCUCCUGGGCGUUCCACAUGACACUGCUGUACGAGAUGCAGCUCUCCGACGAGCUGCCCAUGGUGUUCUGCAGCUGCUUCCUCCUAUACUGCCUGGCCGGCAUCCACGGCAUCCAGCAGAACCAGCACAUCAACUGGCUGUCGGUGGGCUUUUUCGUGUACUCGGCGCUGUUCUCGCUGUCGUACCUCUACUACCCGAACCCGCUGUUUCACCAGGUGAACUAUGGCGUAGCGUCUGUGGCCAUCACUCUGCUCGACAUCAAACUGCUGCGAACACAGAAGGACCGCACCGUGCGCCACCUGUUCUAUCUGGGUGUGAUGCUGUACGCGCUGGCGUUCGCGCUGUGGAACCUCGACAAUCACGGCUGCCAGUCACUAGUGCGUCUCCGCUCGACGCUGCCGCCGGUGCUGCGUCCGUUCACCCAGCUCCACGCGUGGUGGCACAUCUUCGCCGGCUACGCCACUUAUAUCCACAUAUUGUACUGCGUCAAGGCGAGGUACAACAUACUUCAGGAGAAAAGUCACAUCACUCUGGGCGCGAUGGGCUUCACAGUUCGACGACUGCCCACUCACGAGACGAAUGGACACGCCAAUGGACACAUCAAUGGCCGUACCGACAACUGCAACAACCACAAACACCUGGACUGACGGGCUACCGCAGCGCUGCCUCUCGGCAGAGCCGUGAACCUGAGCUUCGCUGACUAGUCGGGCGCGGCGCUGGCGGUCGAGCGAACCCCGUUGCCGGCGCUGUGAGUGCUCGGCUUGAGUUGUCGCCUUCUCUGCCACUGUGUGUUCACGUGGCCUGUCGAUAUCUAGGCGGGUCUCCGUCCCAGGGGUGUCAUGUGCGAGCUGCACACUCUACUGCCAUCCCGUCAUGAGACACCUCACCCUUCGCCUUCCCACACACACCCCAAGUGCCUCGGCGUUUUGUUUUAUUACUUGAUGCCCUGGUGCGUUUUAUUGGGUGGCCCUAUGUUAUGCGCACAGAGGGCAGCUGAUGUAUAUUUUUGUUGACGUCUAUAAUGUUUGAUCCGACGUUGAAGAAAAGUUGCUUUGUGGAGAAGUAUAUACAUUUAGACAUUGUU